AAUGUAAGACGACCCAACAUUAUUUACAACACUUAAAGGACACAAAGAUACUAUAACAGCAUUGUCAUUUCAUCCUGGAUUGUAUAUCAAUAAUUAUAUAGUAGAAAAUCAAUAGCUUCAAGUGCAAAUGAUGGUGUAGUAUCUGUAUGGCAAUUGAAAUAACCAAGAAAGAUUUAUAGAUUUAUGGGUCAUAAAGGAUAAGUAAGUGAUGUACAAUUCUCUCCUAAUGGAUUAUUAAUUGCAUCUUGCGCUAAAGAUGAGACUAUAAGACUUUGGAAUAAUACAGUUGAAGGAAGUUCAGUAUCAAUAAAGGCACAUUCAGCACCUGUAAGAAGUGUUUAAUUUUCUUGUGAUGGUUAAUUAUUAGUAAGUUCAAGUGAUGAUAAAUCUGUGAAAGUUUGGAGUGUAAAUGAUCGAAAAUUUCAAUAUGGAUUCCAGCAUACAAAUUGGGUUAGAAGUGCUGUGUUUUCAUAAGAUGUUAGAUUGAUAGCAUCAGGUGGUGAUGAUAGAGCAGUUAUUAUUUGGGAUUGUGAUUCAAAAAAAGAAGCUUAAAGAUAUAAUGAACAUAUUGGAGUAGUCUAUAAAGUUCAAUUCUCACCAGAUUCUACAAUAUUAGGAUCAUGUUCUCAUGAUAAAAAAUUAAAAUUAUUUGAUGUAAGAUCAAAGAGAGUUAUAUAACAUUAUGAUGCUCAUGCAGAUUCAGUAUUAGAUUUGAAAUUUCAUCCAUCUGGAUAAUUUGCUAUGACAUCUGGAGCUGAUAGUAAAGUAAAAGUAUGGGAUCUAAGAAUGGGUAAAUUAGCAUAUACACUUUAUGGUCAUAAUGGUUAAGCUACUACAUGUGCAUUUUCUAAUCAUGGAGAUUAUUUUGCUACUGGAGGAUCUGAUAGUAUGAUUUUAGUUUGGAAUACUAAUUGGGUAUGCAGUGGUCAAGAAUCUUUAGAUGAAAAACCUAAAUAAGUUAAAACUAAACCUAUUCAACAUACAUAACCAUAAACAUAAUAAUAAUCAUCUUAAUAGAAAGAAAAUAUAUAAUAAACUAAUAGUUAAUUACCUAAGUAGAAAGAAACUGUUCUAUAUUCAAAUGCAGAUAAUAGUCUACAUAAAAAGAGUGAAUUUAAUUAAAGUGUAUAAUUAUAGAAAGAGGAUGUACCAGCUGAAGUUAUUACUUAAUUAGAUAAUAUAAGUGGUUAAUUAGAAUUAAUUACAAGGUUAUUANUAAAGGAUAAGUAAGUGAUGUACAAUUUUCUCCUAAUGGAUUAUUAAUUGCAUCUUGUGCAAAAGAUGAGACUAUAAGACUUUGGAAUAAUACAGUUGAAGGAAGUUCAGUAUCAAUAAAGGCACAUUCAGCACCUGUCAGAAGUGUUUAAUUUUCUUGUGAUGGUUAAUUAUUAGUAAGUUCAAGUGAUGAUAAAUCUGUGAAAGUUUGGAGUGUAAAUGAUCGUAAAUUUCAAUAUGGAUUCCAGCAUACAAAUUGGGUUAGAAGUGCAGUGUUUUCAUAAGAUGUUAGAUUGAUAGCAUCAGGUGGUGAUGAUAGAGCAGUUAUUAUUUGGGAUUGUGAUUCAAAAAAAGAAGCUUAAAGAUAUAAUGAACAUAUUGGAGUAGUCUAUAAAGUUCAAUUCUCACCAGAUUCUACAAUAUUAGGAUCAUGUUCUCAUGAUAAAAAAUUAAAAUUAUUUGAUGUAAGAUCAAAGAGAGUUAUAUAACAUUAUGAUGCUCAUGCAGAUUCAGUAUUAGAUUUGAAAUUUCAUCCAUCUGGAUAAUUUGCUAUGACAUCUGGAGCUGAUAGUAAAGUAAAAGUAUGGGAUCUAAGAAUGGGUAAAUUAGCAUAUACACUUUAUGGUCAUAAUGGUUAAGCUACUACAUGUGCAUUUUCUAAUCAUGGAGAUUAUUUUGCUACUGGAGGAUCUGAUAGUAUGAUUUUAGUUUGGAAUACUAAUUGGGUAUGCAGUGGUCAAGAAUCUUUAGAUGAAAAACCUAAAUAAGUUAAAACUAAACCUAUUCAACAUACAUAACCAUAAACAUAAUAAUAAUCAUCUUAAUAGAAAGAAAAUAUAUAAUAAACUAAUAGUUAAUUACCUAAGUAGAAAGAAACUGUUCUAUAUUCAAAUGCAGAUAAUAGUCUACAUAAAAAGAGUGAAUUUAAUUAAAGUGUAUAAUUAUAGAAAGAGGAUGUACCAGCUGAAGUUAUUACUUAAUUAGAUAAUAUAAGUGGUUAAUUAGAAUUAAUUACAAGGUUACAAUUAAUUAAUUUAUUUUUAGAACUUUAUAAGCUCUUGAAUAAAGAGUUUCUAAUAAUGAAUAAUAAAUUUGUAGACUCAAUCUUGCAUUAACUAGAGAUUUUGAAAGAAGUGAAUAAAUUUAACAUUAAAUCUAUGAUCUAAAACCUUUAGAAGAAUAAGUUUAAGAUUAAGAAGAAGAAGAUAAUAUUAAUUAUAUCAAAUUUCAUCGUGCAGCUAACAAUUGA